CUUUAGCAAUUUUAAAAUUGCGUGGUAUUUUGAAUUACACUAAAACACCGGUGUAAUAUCUUUUUAUUUUUACAGUAUCAGGGUUUUGAAUCGUGAGAGUUUUUGAAAUAAAUUAUAUAGUUUCGAUCUACAUAUAUGUUUGCUGCAUUGUAUUUUCAUCAUUUUCACCGAAUUAGUCGAAUUGUCUGCAUCGGAAGCUUUUGGUUACGAUUGUUAUUUUUCUGCAGAUCAAGGUAGCGUAACAAUAUGGUUGUCGCUUACCGGCUAAUGCUGUAUUUAUUUCUAUUGACAAUAAGUAUAUUAGAAGUUAAAUCAACGUUUCUACAUGCUUGUUACCAGCCAAAAAUUGAACAUGCGUUAUUAACAAGUCCUGGUAGUUUUGGGGCGUCAUAUGGCUAUGGAUAUGACACUACGUACAGAGCGGGUAGCCAGCUCACAAUAGUAUGCAGACAUGGAUAUCAGUUAGUUAGUGGAUCAAAAUAUUCGUCCGGUUUUACCACCCUCUGUACGAGAACUGGAGCGUGGGCACCACCGGCAAGAGCGCUUUCGUGUGUUCCCAAAAUAAAGGAAACGACUUGUGAGCCACCACCAGUAGAGGGAUUAUUACUACGCCCAUCAAAAUCAAUUUACCAAGUCAAAGAAACAGUUCGAUAUACUUGUGACGAUGGAUAUACGUUAGUCGGAAAAAAUACCGGAAUUUGUACACAUGAUGGUGUUUUCGUAGAAAUACCUGCUUGUCAUAAAGACAAGAUAACCUGCGUCGCUCCAGAAGGAAACGGACUCAUUGUUAAGCCAUCACGAACCUCAUAUUAUGUUGAAGACAUUGUCCAAUACAGUUGUGAAGAUGGUUAUCUUCUCAUUGGGGAACGAACUGGAAGUUGUUCAGAAAGCGGAAUUUUCCUCAAUGUGCCUUUCUGUAACAAAAUUAAGACCUGUACUGCGCCACAAAAGGAAGCAUUACGGGUGUUGCCAUUCUGGUCAGAAUAUUCUAUUGGCGAUACCGUAUCAUAUACUUGUGAAGAAGGAUAUCUGCUUAUUGGUGACGUUGUUGGAAAGUGUGGCAGAAGUGGAUUCUUUAUCAAUGUUCCCUUUUGCAACAAAUUAAAAACUUGUGAUCGUCCAGAAGUAGAG